CUGCCUAGAGGAUCUAAACCCUUGAUUUACCUAAUCUCUAACUUUGUUUCCCAACUGGCUAUCAAAAGCCCAGCGGGUGUAUGUAAAAGGUAGAAGCUUCUCCGGAAAGAACCACUUACUGGGACUCGAAAUAUUUUCAUCUUAACCAAAUAUCCGCAAAAUUCUCCUCCAAAUGUUCCAAUAAAAGUCCCAAGCUUCUAUAAUAAAAGGUAAAACACCACAGUGCCAACCACUAUAUCCCCAUAAAAAUCGGUUCCUUUGGUUUUUCACUAGUCGUCCCCCUACCGUAAACCUGAGCCUGUGAUAAACCAAACGUCAGUCCUUCAAGAUAAGCCAAACACGCCUCUCCCGUCUACCAGCUACAUUCACACGCCCUCAUGAUGAACUCCAAACGACAGAGAGUCCGCUCCAAGGUGGCGGAGCCGGAAUCCCGGGCGGACGAAACGAUGAACAUCCACGACGAAGCAGACGUGAUGCAGUUCCGCAACAUCGCAACGGCACGGUUCAUCCGCAACCAGGAGUUGCUUGAGAUGGUGUUGGAGAGACAAAUUCCGCUUGCAAACAUCAUUCCGCCUGCGGCGUUUCCGGCAAUCACCCCCAAGGAUGCAGCGGUGACGCCAGAAGACGACGUGUGGUUCGGCGACAUCCAGCGGAUGCGGCAGAAGCUUGCAGAGUUGGAAGCGGAAAACACGACUUUGCAGGCGGAACAGACCCCACAGCUCUUCAAUGACGAGUUCCGCUACCAGCGAGAGUGUGCAGAGACGCUAAAGUCUCAGGCACAAGGAGUCGUGGAAGCGCAGCGCGAGACAGAAGCGAUGUGCGCGCUGUAUCAGCAAAACUUCGGCAGACGUGUAACGUCAGGCGUACAACACCGCAACUUGUCGCAUCUUAAUCCAAACUCCGCACUGGCACCGCCAGGGUACGUCCCUAUGCUGCUUCCCAGCGCGCCUACGCUUCUCGACACCUUCUCUAACGACCACAUCGCGCCGGUCUAUGGCUCGGACGUCAACUCGCACAUCAAUGCGGGCAGUGAUAUGUUUGGGAAUGUCGACAUGAUGAUGGAGGAUACGUUUGGCGGGUUACAGUCGACGUUGGACGACGAUUUCUUAAGUCAGAUCAACCACAGCAUGGAGUAGUGUAUAAUACAGUGAGUUAUAGCGGUG